CGGCCACCGUGAUGGUUCACCCGGGGCGCGACCCGCGCACCAACCGUGACCCUCGCAUGAACCGAGACCCUCGGUUGCAGAUGACGCAGCAGCAUCACGAGCAGCAGCAGCAGCUGGCGUUGAUGGAGGAUCACGUCAGUGAUGCGAAGGAGACAUCGCCGGUGCCCGCGGCGCCGUCGCGCUCCUCGCCCUGCCGGGCGACGCCGAGCCCCCGCCCCCCGGGCCGAGGGCGGCAGCCCCCCCGAGGCGGCGCCGGCGCGACCGGCCGCCGGAGCGCGGUCGCCCCCCGCGUCCAAGCCGGCCGACAAACGGCACGAGGCGCCGGCGAAGGCGCCGGGCAAGCGGAGCGACGGAAAGGAUCCGCCGUUUGGCGGCGAGCGGAAGAAGGAGCCCUCGUCGGGCGGAGACCGGAAGAAGGGGGGCGACGCUCCCGACCCCAAGAAGAUGGCCGACGCGUCGGGCAAGGACGGGCGCAAGGCCCCGCGCGAUUCGGCGCGAGCGUCCGCCAAGCCGCGCGACCGCUCCCCGCCCCGGCGGUCGUCUCCGUCGUCGCGCAGGAGGGGUCGGCGCUCGCCGCCCGCCUGGCCGCCGGGGAGCGGCCGCAGGAAGACGAACUCCCCCCUUCCCGCGUCGCACGGCGCGCGCCACAAAAGCCCCACGCCUCCCCAGGCCGGGCCGGCGGUCGCGACGGGUGCGGCGGCGGCGGCGGCGGCGGCGGCGGCGGCGGCCGCGACGUCGGUCGCGGCGGCGGUCCUGCCGCGGGCGACGGACAAGCGGCGCGCCAGCCAGUCCCCCGCCAAGGCGGGCGACUGGCCGACCAAGCGGAGGAAUUUGGACUCUCCGCUCAGGGCCACGGGGAGCGACGCCGGCGCCGGGGGGAGCGGGCGGCGCAAGGGAGGCAGCCCCGGAGCGCCGUCGCGUAGCCGUGCGAGGGAGCGAGGGGAGCGCGGCGAGAGGGAGCGCGGCGAGGGGGUCCGUGGGAGCCGCUCGCCGAUGACGGAGGGGCGGUUGCCGACGAAGAGGCGGAGGAGUCAGUCCCCCAGGUCUCCGCGAGGCCCGGCGGCCGCCGCCACCGCCGGCGGCGCCGGCGGCUUGAAGAAGACGACGCCCGAGAGGGUGCCGCUGCAGGCCAACCUGCCGGUGCGGGGACCGCACGGCAAGGCCGGGUGGGCGCCGGCUGCGAGGGGGGCCGGCUGUGCCCCCCACCCACGGCACGGCCCCGAAUGGCGGCGCAACAACAAACGCGGUAGCGGUGGCGGUGGCAUUGUCGCCAGCGGUGGGGGGGCCCGGGACAAGCCCCCCGAGGUGGAGAAGGAGCCGGAGUACCUGGGCUCGCCCCAGUUCUCGCCCGAGCCCCCCCCCUCCGAACCCGACACCCCCAACGUCGGCGAGGCCCCCCACCUCCACAAGCGCUUCCGCCGCUCUGCCUGGGAGCAGUUCAAGGGGAUCCGCACCGGCCAGGAGAACCAACCGCAGCAGCAGCAGCAGCAGCGGAGGGACUCGUGGGGCGCGGGGGUCAGCGUCCAUCGCCGCUUCCCGUUCCCCCGCACUCCCACGCAGCACCACCCUCGGCCCAGCACCGACCCCGAGCUGCACAUCCCCAAGGAGAUCACUCAGGCCAACAAGCACGAGCUGCUGCGCAAGGCCGAUAUACAGCGCGAGUCCGGCCUCAUCACCAACGAGCAGCACAUGCAGAUGGUGCACCAGCUGAACCAGCUGUUCAAGCUGCGGCCUCGCGACUCCUCUGGCCCGCGGCCCCUCCUGUCCGAGGCCGACAUGGCCUACUACCAGCACAAGGCGAGCCUGAAACAGCAGGGCAAGCGGCCGCCCGGCGUGCACCCGAUGGCGCCGCACGGGGAGCAGCCGCCCUGCGACGGCCCGCGGGCGUUGCCGACCCCUCCGCCGCCGCUCCGCUCCCUCGCCGACGGGCCUUGGCACGGCCCGCACGCGGCCGAGCCCGGCACCUUCGACAAGCGGCCCGGCAAGCAGCCGGUGCCGCCGCCCGCCAGCGCCGGCGGCGUCUCCCGCAAGCCCCUGCUGAUGACCCCGACGCUGGGGCGGAGGCCUCCGCUGCUGGGGCCGUCGCCGACGGGCCUCCGGAGGGGGGGACCCCAGCCGCCUCCGCCGCCCCCCGUCCCCGUCGCCGCGACCGCCGCCGCUCCCGCGCCCGCGGCCGCCGGCGCCUCGACGGCCGCGGCCGCCGGCGGCGGCGGCGCGGACGAAGCCGCGGUGAAGAGGGAGGACGAGGAGCGAGGGCCGGCCGACGAAGGCCGGGCGCGCCGGGAGCAGCGAGUGGAGCUGCCCAGGGAGGGCAGCGCCGGUCCCCAGGGUCCCAAGCCUCCGCGUGUGAGGGGGGGGCAGCGUGGCGAGUGGGGUGGGCCCAGGAGAGGGGGAACCCCCCCCGAGCACUGGGUCCCCCCGCGGGAGGUUGGGGAGCGCAGAGGCAAGUUUGAGAAGCUUCCUGGCCCCGGCGCGGAGGACCCGCGGGCGCGGCGCUCGCGCGACCCCUCGCCGGCGAUGGACGCCCCCUACGCCUCUCCGCACGGCCGCCCCUUCGACAGCGCCGACGGGUUCGGCCAACGUGGCGGGGCCGGCGGCGGCGGCUUCAACAGCAACAGCAAAGACAACGACCCCCCCGGGUGGUGGCGCGAUGAACCGCGCAGCCCUUCGCGCGACGACGAACUCCCUCCACGCCGCUUUGACGGGCCCCCUCACCCGCCCGGCCGACCCGACGGUCCCGGCGACAGAUUUUCCGACGGGCCCCUGGAGAGGUUCGCCGACGGGCCCGCCGUCGGCAGGUUCACCGAUAGGCCCGGCUCGAGGUUCGACGGACCCCAGGGGCCCGUGUUCGAUGGGGGCCAGAGGUUCGACGGGCCCGCCUUGGAUGGGCCGAACUUUGACGGGCCGCAAGGGUCCCGGUUUGACGGGCCUAGAUUCGAUAGGCCGCAGGGGGGACACAGAUUCGAUGGGCCGCAAGGACCCAGAUUUGAAGGCCCACAGGGCCCCAGGUUCGACGGCCCACAGGGUCCCAGGUUCGACGGCCCACAGGGCCCCAGGUUCGACGGCCCACAGGGUCCCAGGUUCGACAACCCACAGGGCCCCAGGUUCGACGGCCCACAGGGCAUGCGAUUCGAUGGGCCCAGAUUUGAUGGGCCGCAGGGGCCCAGAUUCGAUGGUAUGCAGAGUCAGCACUAUGAUGGCCCACAGGGCCCCAGGUUCGACGGCCCACAGGGUCCUAGGUUCGACGGCCCACAGGGCCCCAGGUUCGACGGCCCACAGGGCCCACAGGGCCCCAGGUUCGACGGCCCACAGGGCCCACAGGGCCCCAGGUUCGACGGCCCACAGGGCCCCAGGUUCGACGGCCCACAGGGCAUGCGUUUCGAUGGACCCCAGGGCAUGCGAUUCGACGGGCCACAGGGCCCCAGGUUCGAUGGGCCCCAGGGUGUGCGGUUCGACGGGCCGCAAGUGCCCAGAUUUGAAGGCCCGCAGGGCGUCCGAUUCGAAGGGCACCGCUUCGACGGGCCUCGCAUGCUGCACUUCGAGGGGCCGCAGCAAGGACUGCAGUCUCAUCCGGGGCCACGAUUCGAUGGGCCCGCGGUCCCUCGGUUCGACGGCCCGCGAAACUUUGACGGCCCGGGCGGCGUUGGGGCUCAGUUUGGCGGGCAGCAGCAGCAGCAGCAACAGCAGCAGCAGCAGCAGCGUCAACAACAGCCCGCGUUUGAGGGGCCGCACGGGCAGCGCUUUGACGGCGGGCCGCAGUUCGUGACGCAGCAGCCGGGCCACCAGCCGGGCCCCUUUGGAUUCCCGCUGGGUGCCCACCUCCAGGGAAUGGCGAUGGGGCCCAACGACCACCACGUGGGCAACCUCGGCAUGGGCAUUCCUCAGCACGGCCAGCAGCUCAUGGGCAUGGCGCACGUCACGGGACCCCGGCCGCACUUUGGCCCUGGGGCCUGCCAGCCGUUCAUGCCGGCCUCCCAGGUGCAGGUCGCCAUGAUGUCCCAGGCCAUGCAGCACGGCGGCGCCAUCCGCGGGCCCAUGCAGCACCAGCAGCUCAUGCAGCACCAGCAUCGCAUGUCAAUGGGGCUGAUGGGAUCGGACAACCACAUCGGUCAGGUGGACGUGAACUCGCUGUUUUCGAAGCUCGUGGCCUCGGGAAUCCUGCAGGUCCAGACGACGACGAACGCCGGCACGGCCGACGACGCUCGCACCGAAAGCAACGCUCGGGUGACGGAGGGGGCGGCCAAGAAAGUAGAGGAGGCCUCCAAAGAGGAUGAGGAGGUGGACGAGGAGGAGGAAGAGGACGACGAUGAUGUCGACAUGCCGGACCUCUCCGGCUUCGCCAUCGAAGACCUCAAACAGCGCUACGACGGUGUGGUGCAGCGCCUUUACUCGGGCAUCCAGUGCUACUCGUGCGGCAUGCGCUUCACGGCGCGCCAGACGGACGUCUACGCCGACCACCUCGACUGGCACUACCGCAUGAACCGCAUGGACAAGGACCUGAGCAAGAAGGUCACCCACCGCCGCUGGUACUACUCGCUCGUGGACUGGAUCGAGUUUGAGGAGAUCGCCGAUCUGGAGGAGCGGGCCAAGAGCCAGUUCUUCGAGCAGGUGCAGGAGGAGGUGGUCCUCAAGACGCAGGAGGCGACGCGCGAGAAGGAGUUCCUGAGCGUGCCCGCCGGGCCCGCCGGCGUCGAAGAGCUGUGCGAGAUCUGCCGUGAGCAGUUUGAACAGUACUGGGACGAGGACGAGGAAGAGUGGCACCUGAAGAACGCCGUCAGGGUGGACAGCCGGACGUUCCACCCGACGUGCUACGAAGACCACAAGGAUUCGUCAUUUGACCUCACUCCGACUCCCACGACCUCCACCCAGGAGAAUCCGCUCGAGUGCGCGUUGAGCGACGCUCGCGAACCCGACGCCGCCGUCGUCGUCAAUGACGACGGCGGCGGCGACGACGGCGACGCCGCCUCCCACUCGGCGUCGUUGGUCGCGUGCGGCUCCCAGGACUCGGCGCUGGGCAGCUCGCUUGAAGUGGCCCCGGACUCGGCUCCGUCGGAGGCUGCGCCGUCGCCGGAGAGCUGUCCGACCGGGGUCGCGGGCGGAGCCGGCGGAGGCGCCGUCCCCGCGCCGGGCGGCGCGGACGAGGGCUCCGACCGGGCGGGCGAGUGGCCCGCCGACGCCGCCGGUACCGCCGCCACCGCCACCGCCGCCGGUACCGCCGCCGCUUCUUCUCCGCCGCCGGCCGGCACCGAGGUGUCGGCGCAAGCCGCCGAUGUGCAGGUCAAAAUGGAGACGGAGUGAACAUUGCGGUGUCCCGUUUGACGUGCCAGGCCCGCACCGCCGUGUGCCGUGGGGGCCAUCGAAUUAAAAAUGCGAGGGGGGUGAAAAGCGGUGGUCGGCCGCCAUCCUCGUGCCCGCUUUGCGAUCGCUUCAUCGGUGCGGUUUUUAUUUUUUUCCCCUCAUUAAAUGUCUCAGAAGUGUUGAGUCGGAGCCACCAAACGCGCACACAAGUCUUGCCGAGCCGCUGCUGCUUUGGGGUUUCUUUCGGUUUAAAUCGAAGCCGGUCGGGCCUGCACGAGGGGCGCGCGAUUUGUUUGAAACGACGUACGUGGACGUCCGUUUUGUGUGGCAGUGUGCGACGUGUCUGCCUCAUGUGUGCGUACGGCGCACUUUACUUGAACCGCCGUCUCGGUCUUCAGAAUACAUUUUAUUUCGCUAUCCCACUGAGCAGGGACGAAACCCCCCAUCCCUUCUCUUGGGGACGCAGCCCCCCCCCCCCUCCUUGCUAGAUAACUUUCCGCCACUCGGGCAGUUUCGGCAACUUUGCACUGCAGGUCGCAGUCGCGACGUCCUUGCCAAGCGGUCGGGGAGAAGUGGAGCCGUGUUGGGGGCGUUCAUUUCUGUGGGCGGGCGGGCGGGCGGACUCCCUCCCCCCGCGACUACUUGUAUACUUGUGUAUAUCGGCAGAAAUCUGUAAAUUAUUAUUACCGUUCUGAGAAUAAAGAUAUUUUUGAUAACCGCCUGGUGUGAGCGCCCAAUUGUCGGCCCGGGUGGGCACGGAACGAGUGGGCGAUCCGCCUGCGGGUAGCCUCCGGGGCUUCUGUGUUUGUGUUGUGGCUGAACCCCCCCUUCCCCCCCCAGUGUGGCUUGCAGGGGGAUUGGUUCAUCCUCUCGACUGAACGCGCAGCACUAACCACCCCUACCCCCCCCCCCCUUCGUCCGUGAUGGCUCGUCAAAUAAUUUCGCCAAAAUUGAAGGUGCGAAAUUUUGUUGUUGCCGUGUUUCUCAAGAUGCUUUAAUGAAAUUUUUAAAAAAUGAUUUGCAAAAAUGUCGACUUUCUGCCUACCCCCCCCCUCCUCCUCCGUGUGCACGCCGUUUUAAGCGUUUGGUUAUAGCGUUGUGUGUGCACGCGGCUACGUGAUUUGUGCGCGAAUAGACCCCCGCCCCCCGAGGCGUUUCUAUAGGCGAACCUUCGGGGGGCGAUUGGACAGAAGGACGUUCUUGGCGAUUGCCAGUAAACGUGGGACGGGGAGGGAGAGAGAAAAAACCCCAGAGAGGAUUUGGACGUCGCGGCGGAACGCGUGCUGUGUGUGCCGGGGUGACUUACGGGCGAGUUGCGGACAGGUGUAAAUACAGCGCCCUUGGCUUCAGUUGUGAGAUUUUAGUUUUUACCAAUUUAAGGUCGACACCGGUGGCGUCAUAGGGCCUUCCGGCCGCGCCAUCCGUUUUGAAUCGCGUUGAACCACCACGCCCCCCUCACAGGUUUUCAAACAUUGCCGGCGACUCGUGUAAAACACAAUUCUUCGUUCAAUAAAAGUACGCCGAAAGUGAA